GGCUGAAAUAGAAGUGGAUGAGAGUUCCCCUUGCCUUCUUGACGUUCUAAUCCUGGAUAGAAUGGUUGAGCACAUGGUAUAACUCAUUCCUUUCACCUGUGACUGAGAUAGCUAGCUGGAUCAAUAGAUUAUCCAUCUGAUGAUGAGGCUUACUCUGAGAUGGCUACAAUCUUUCUGCCCACUUGAGCAUGUUGUGAUUUGACUUUGUAGAAAAGUGAACGGCAACUGGUAUGACCAAUGUCUAGCUACUUUAAUUUCUUCCAGGAUAUCCAGAAACAGAGCAACGGAUGUCAGACUUCCGCAAGUUUGAAGCUGUCAAAUGGUUAUAUUUUACCUGAAGGUAAAAUGACUCCAAACACACUUUUUGUUGGAGGAAUCGACAUGAAGGUGGAUGAGAAUGAAAUCCGUGACUUCUUUGCGAGAUUUGGUGCAGUGAAGGAAGUGAAAAUCAUCACUUACCGUGGAGGUAUCUGCAAAGGUUAUGGAUUUGUUUACUUCAAUGAAGACGUUGACAUCCAAACCAUCAUUGAACAACAGAUCAGUUUUAAAGGGAGGAAACUCAAGCUGGGUCCAGCAAUCAUGAAGGAAAGGAGCUCACGUUCCAUGCCGUCUCACCUGGUUGAUCAGGCCCCCUGGAUAACCCCCUCCCAGUACAUCUACUGCACCUGCUGCUCUCCUAUGGGCGGGGGCAUGGCUCAGCCUUCACCUGUACUCAAUGGCGGCAAUCCCUACUUCCAGCCGUACUCGUACAACGGCUUUCCAGGAGUCAUGAUUCCACAGAUGCCCAUGCGCUACUCACAAACCAAUUACGCGUACCAGUACGCCUCACCACACUGGACUGGAGAGCAGAGGACACGGCUCAUCAACCAGAACUUUGUGGACUGCGGAGUCCAGACUCUGCUGUAGUCCACAGCCCACUGACCCUCCUGCUGUACCAGGGGGCGACAUCUCCAUGCAGACUGGAGCACACGGUGACAUCCUGGCCUUUAGAGAGCUAGCAGCAAUAGACUUUAAAAAUAUACACUUUCAGGAUGCUUUCUUUCUACGACAUCUCUUGCUCACUUUGAGACCCGACCACGGCGUCUCGGCACCUGCACCCGAUGGGCGUGGUCACUGUGACCGUGUUUGGCUUGGCUAGGACCAUGGUCCUGGCGUUUGGACUGCUUUCAACCCAUCUCAAACACUAACGCAGGGAAGAGCGGAAGUGAUUUUGGAGCUUCAGCUUGUUUACAGCACAGAGCAACGCCUUUUUUACAUUUAUUUGUCAUUUUUUGGGGGGGGGGUGGGGGUUGGUUUUGAUAACCCCCAAAAAGAAAAUACUUUUAAGCUCAUCUGCAUAUUUAUAUUUUAUGUUUGACUAUGUUGAAAGUUUUUUAAUGUCAGUUUGUUUGGGUGUAAGCUUUUGCUGGGCUUCUGUACAUAGAUUUGUAACACAACAAAUUAGCCUUUUAAAGUAGUGUGUUGAUUUAGACUUUUUCUAUUAUUAAUUCAAGUUUCCAUCCCCAUCUUCCUCUGAUUUAAGAAACUAAUGCAUCAAAUUAUUGUGGGCAGAAUUGGGCACAACACGGGCACAUUAUUUUUCAGGCACUCCUGUUGCCUUAGUGCUCUUUUUAUAUAAUUUCUUGACAGUUCUUGUCUUACGCUACUUAAAUCACCUUUUUAUUUCGAUUUACUUCAGUGAAUUAGAAGUGCCUGCCUGCUUUUUUUGUUGAGGGGUUAAUUGAAUUGAUGUUAGUGUAUUUACAAUUGGGAUGCACUGAUAUCAUCUCGAGUGUUGCUGUUUACAAAGUUAUGAAUCCUUUUAUUGUGGCCAAUGUUUCUUAGGUUGCGUACCAAAUGGCACCCUUGUCCUUAUUUAGUGCACUACUUUUGACUAGAACCCUGAGCAACAGUAGUGAACUAUAGGGAAUAAGCCUUUGAGUGUUGCCGUUUCUUAAGUUAUGGAUCCUGUGGCCAAUGUUUCUUAGACGGUUCCAGCUCUUGCAGUACGUCGCCAAGACGAAAAUCAUUGAGUCAAUUUCACCUGACGGUGUUGAUAAACUACUUUUAUAAUGCAGCCCAGCAGCCUGGGUGGGGAAACCUGUUUUCAUUCACUCUGAAAUGAAGGACAUAACUAACAGCAAUGCGUUCCAUCACUAAUGGUUGAAGUUCUCUUAAAGUUCACUUUAUGUAUAUUUCUUGUUGUUGCACUGAUUGAUUUGUUGACCAAGUGUGUUUUGUAAGAAUGUUUUGCUUUCUUUUCUUCUUUUUUUUUAUAGAGGUGGUGUGAUUUGAUGUGUUUAUGACGUAUUAAUACCAUAUUUUCAGUUUGAUUAUAAUCACUUUUCAGCCCGACGGAUUAACUGGUUGCAUUUAAAAUUGAUAAACACAUUUUGCAUUUCAAGAUAUUUAUUUAUUUGAUACAUCAGUUGAGAGAUUUGUUGACUCCCUCUGUCUUUGUCUUCAAAGCCAGUGUUUCCCAAAUACAUUUCUAUUUUUAUUUUUUUGAAAGAUAAGCUUGAAAUUGGAAUUGUCAAAGAAUUGACUCAACCACAAACACACAUCCAAGUUUAGCUUUGUUAUAAUGAACCAGACAAUCUAUAGUUAUUUCUGGUUGUUUGUGAAAGUUAGCUGGCUAACUCAUUGAUCCUGCUUUGUAUUAUAACCCUUGGAGUUUCUUUCCAGAAGAUUGUUUCUGAAAUAUUUAUCUGUUUACUGUUGCAUAGAUGCUCUGUCUUCACUGGACUGGUUGACAUCUGAAGUUGGUCAACACCCAGAGUGCGAUCCAAAGAGCAGACAUGCCUAACGAUUCUACUACAGUCAAUUAAAGUAUGAAGCUGGCCCUAACUUAAGGCAGCUUUGUUUUAUUUGUUAUGAUUUGGUGAAGGUACGCACACAAUUUGUGACCCAGGGUGGUUAUUGUUUUGUCU